AUGUGUGAACCGUUUUCUAGAUUCUGUGAUGGGGACACCAGACGACAGGAGCUGGUCACGACCUGGUUGUCUAACCUGUUGUGUGACUCCCGGAAGCUGAUAGAUACAGUUUUAUUAUGCCACCAUUCUACGGACGAACUGAAGAUGAAGAAACUGAAGCUGAGUCUCCAGGAGCUCGGUACGGUGACCGUGACCUCCAAGGAUGAACGGGAUAGUGUGGAGGUCAGAUUCAGCGAAGAUCUGGUCAUAUUUUGCCUAUCGGUAGAUUACGUCCAGCGUUCGGAACAGUUUGUGAAUGAUGUCAGCAUCUUAAUGGAAGGAGAGAAUGAGGUGGCCUAUUGCAUGAUGAGAGAUAACUAUAAAGUCUUAAAGAAAGACCUAAGUUCCAGAGGGAUAACGAAAGAAUUGGUUUUCUAUUUUGACGAACCUGAUGAACCGUCCAUUUUCAAAAUCCAUCGGAGGAAGGAAAAAGAAAAAUCGAAAACGAAGGGCGUAUACGUAAGCAGUUGUUCAUCAAAGAUGGAACGUCUGCGCGGGCUGUUGUCAUGCAUUACCACAAUCAGCUGCACCAUUCCCAGGAGAAAAAGAUCGUCUGUUAAGAUGACCAAAGACGACUGGGAUCUGAUUACAGACAAUUUAGUGUCAGCAGACGAGUAUCUUAUUGUGAUAUCCGACGGUUACUUUACUGACGAAGUCUGUUCCCUUGAGUUGGAAUUGAUAAAACGAAAGGGGAAGAAAAUUUGUAUCAUCGACGCCAGGAAGAUCGAGGACGCAGACGACCCAAUUUGGAUGCGAACCAAGGACAAAAUACCGUAUGACAAGGACGAAGAUAUCAUGAAAGUUCUGUUGUCCCAUCUCCUGGAAGAACAACAAGAAAGCGACAAGAUCAUAAUCAGCUAUCACCCAUCUGACGUAACACAUGCCGAGGAGUGUCGAACGAUCUUUCGGAACGGAUUGUCUCAGUGCCAGGUUCGCCUAACAUCCGACUUCUCCACUUCUCAAAAAUUAUUCGAAGAAAUCAUGACAUGCGAAGCCGUAAUUCUCUGUUUAUCAAAGGAUUUUAUGGAAGACCAGAAAUGUAGAAAAGAAGUCGAAGUUGCUCAUGUGAUGUGGAAGAAGCUUAUACCAAUAAAUUUGCAUACCAGUCCCGCAGAAAUGGAACGACCUGAUUGGUUGAUCAGAAUAAUUGGUCAUCAUCAAUACGCCAAUCAGAGAGAAAUUAAUGAUGUUCUUAAUCAGAAUGUUCUGUUGAACAAAGACAACCUUAAACUCGAAAACUGGAUUCAACGAAACAUCACUGUGCCCCUUUAUCAUGAGAUUUCUACACAAGUGGAAAAAUGUCGCGGCUGUGGAAGAAGUCCAGAACAUACGAUGACUGACGCGUUCGGAAAGGUGGAAAUAUUCGCUGAAGGCGGAUUAGAAAGACAUGCUGCGAUGUACGUCCGCCUCAGUACUAAUUCUGAUCUGAAAACAGUGGCCUCUUUAAUCAUCGACCAAUGGAGACUGGAAACACCCCGCCUGUUGAUUUCAGUAACGGGGGAGGGAUCUCAGAUAAUUAAUGAUCCUAGCAAGUCAAGACUCAUCACCAAUGCACUUCAGAACAUCGUCAAAGAGAAAGGAGUGUGGUUCACAACUGAUGGCGCCACCUCUGAAAUCUCAAAAGUGAUUGGUCAAGUCGUAGAGAAGGAGGAUGUUAAUGAACGACCGACAGUGAUAGGAAUUGCAUCCUGGGAGUACUUGAAGAUGAAUGAAAAUCUCCUCAUUAGACAUGGCUUUGGGAGAUGGCCCGCUACUUACAACACUAGGAAGGCGAUGAAUGCGAGCGGGGAGUAUCACCUUAAUCCCUUCUGCUCCCAUUUCCUUCUCCCUCACAAAUGUGCAGUUGUUCGUGAGAAUGGUGAAAGAUCCGUCAUCUCCACUGCGAGGUUCAGAACAGAAUUUGAGGAGUACAUACGACAAGGGAAAUACGAUAUCCAAAAAUCAAGUACGGCUAGACCGAUCGCUUCCCUAUUACUGGUGGUGGGCGGGGAUCCAUUCCAAUCACUCAGUAUGAUCAAAAGAUCGCUGGAUGUCCGAAGGCCUGUCGUGGUCCUCAUGGGUACAGGAGGUUUUGCUGAUACAUUAGCAAAGGCAUUUGCCAGUGGAAGAACUCAAGAAACAAAAAUACAGGACAUCCUUAACCACCCAGAUCGCCAGUAUCUCAGCUUUGUCAACCUUAACGAUGACCACUGUCCAUUAGGUCAGACAAUACUAGACGUUCUUCUCAACAGCAUAUCCGAUGAUGAACAGAAGCUGGGUCUUGCUUUGGGUUUCAACAACAGCGAAAAGGCCAUGGAGCACGUUUUCUUCGACAACAGGAAAACACAACAAUUAGAGGAAUCAUUCAUAACGGAUUUGAUGUUGAAAGCGAUGCGAGAAGGAAAAAUUGAGUUUGUACGGCUUUUAAUUUCGGAAUGUGUUGACAUUGAAAAGUUCACCAUUAACAACAGAGACAAACUCUACACAUCAAGAUAUUUACCUGAUGAACUUCGAAGACAGCUAGGGUGGAAGACGGUUCCAACCAUUGAAAACAUCAGGCGAUUUGUGGUCAGAAAACUGGCAAUGGAUGUCUUUGUGGAGUAUAAUGUUGACAUGGACAUUAGAGACCACCACGUGGACCCUUACUUCUACCUCAUGGUGUGGUCCAUUCUGAUGAUGAACCUUCACGAUCUCUCCGUAUUCUUCUGGCAACACUGCAAGGAACCACUUCCAUCAGCACUAAUAGCGUCUGGAAUAUUGCGCCAAUUGAGAAAAGGUUGUCAGGUGACAAACCGAAUCUUGGCAGAUAAUCUGUUAAAACAGGAGAAGGAAUUUGUGAAGCUGUCUUGUGACGUGUUACAGGAGUUUUUUGAGAAUAAUCCUGAAGAUACAGAACGCCUUCUCAUGAAGACACGCCCCCGUUGGCGGAAUCUCUCGUGCGUUGAGAUCGCUUUCCGCUUAAAACACAGACCAUUCAUGGCGCACGAAGCAUGCAAGAUACCCAUCAAUAGAAUUUGGUUUGGACGAAUUUCUCCAGAAAAUAAUUCAUUUAGGAUGAUGAUUUCGGUCUUUUUGCUCGGUCUCUUUCCAUUUGUACUGAAGUUUAUCGACGAACCUUGUAAUUAUUCAGAUGAAAAAAAUCAGAGUGAAUCUUCAUGCUGUUCAACAGUCUGUAACAAAAUUAGAACCCGCGUUGUGGAAUUCUACACAGCUCCAAUCAUGCGCUUCUCCCAUACGAUGGCGUCGUAUCUUUUAUUUUUGAGUCUGUUCAGCUAUACCUUACUGGCGGGUUUCUCGGACCACACUCACUGGCGCACCAUUCUGAUUUAUGCCUGGGUCUUCACGCUCAUGCUGGAUCAAAUUAGAGAGCUUCUGAAUGGUAUCGAAGAAAACAAGACAUUCUUUGGUCAGAAGUACACCCACGAGCGUCCGUCCGUUGUACAAGUGUAUUUUCGGGACAAGUGGAAUUACUUCGACAUCACUAUUCUGUGUUUCUUCGUGACAGCUGUCGUUUUAAGCUUUGUGCCGUCAUACACCGCUGCAGAAUUGGACAGAAUUUUCAUGGCAAUCAGCCUUAUAGCCUAUUUCAUGAGAAUUUUAAAAACUUUCUCCGCGAUAGAAGAACUUGGGCCAAAGUUGUGGAUGAUUUCCGCAAUGGCUAAAGACUUGAUGUACUUUGUCAUCAUCCUGAUGGUCUUUGUGGUCUCCUACGCUAUCGCUGCUUAUUCCGUCAUGUAUCCAAACUCGGAGGUUGAUUUUGACCUCUUCAUUAACGUUCUGAGACUGGGCUACUGGAAUUUGUACGGUGAACUUCUCCUUGAAGACAUAGAAGCCAAGGAGCCGGAUUGUUCAUUUGAUCCUGCUGUGUAUGGGGCGGGGAUCCUCCCGAGGUGUACCGUGACACACAGGAGACUUGUGGGGCUGGCUAUGAUGGGGAUCUAUCUCUUAUUUGCCAAUGUUAUGCUGCUCAACAUUCUGAUUGCGAUGUUCAGUGAUACUUAUCAACGGAUCCAGACAAAGCGAAACCAAAAAUGGAACUAUGAAAGGUACGCCUUGGUGAGGGAAUUUCAGAGAGUACCUGUUAUCCCUAUGCCGCUAGGGACCCUGAUCUACAUACACUACAUAUUUCAAUGGAUAUACAAGAAAUGCAGGAAAUGCGCCGUCGUAGACAACGUACACUCGGUUUUCACAGCAAAGGACCUGACCGAAAAUGAAACAGUGAAUUGCUUGGAGCGUGAAUGCGUGUACAUGUUCAUGAAAAAGAAGCAAGAGGAAAGUGGCGUACAGAAGCAUAUCACUCCAGCGGAUGUUUCUAAUAUCGUCAAUGACCAGCUCACUAAACGGCUCAACAGCAACGAUUAUACAGUCAUGGAUAUCACAGAAGCAAGAGCAUCGCCUGAGAUUCAACACGUUAUCCAGAAAUGGCUGUCAGUUUUAUUAUGUGGAAAAGCGGAGAAGAGGAAAAUACUUCUGUGUUAUCAUCCCCGAGAUAACAGAAACGUGGAAAAAUUCCUGGUCAGUUUACACAGCAUCAACGCCGACGUCCUUCGCAUGCACAAGGAGUUAGAAAUCGACAAAGACCAUAGAGACCUGAACCAGGCGAUCGUUCUGAUGUGUUUGUCGAAGGAAUACGCUGCUAGUCCACAAUUUGAGGAAGUUUUAAAGCUUGCAUCUAGUAAUCAGAACGAGCUUGCGUUCAUCACUUUCGAUCCAUUGGUCUCGCAGUGGCAGAGGGAGCAGAACAGCUUACUCGUCUUCGACAGAGUGGACAGGCCGUCAGUGUUUACACUGCGGAAAAAACGACGAGGACACAAAGAGUUUGUAUAUAUCAGCAACCAUCCUAAUGAUGCUGUAAAAGCCAACAAAAUUCGUGGGAUAAUAGAAAAAUGUGGCAUAAAGUGCACGGUCAGCAAUUACCGGUCCAUCUCGGGAAUCGACAAGGAAGUUUUGGACCGAGUGACAGAGGAAAUCAGCACCGCAACAAAUCACCUCGUGAUCUUAUCACGUGACUACAUUGAGGAUGAAUUCUGCCAGUUUGAACGCGAGUUGAUCCGGAAUACAGGACAACGAUUCCACGGAUGCAACAUAAACCUGGACAUGUCGGAGAUGAACUGGCUAGACGUGGCGUGGGUUAUACCUUACGAGGAAGAUGAAAUGCUAAUGGAAACGACUCUGAAACACAUGUUUGCUUUUUCAAGAGAAAGGAAAGACAUUGUGGUCAUUAGCACAACAGUUGACCAUUGGGCAGAUACAUGUAGAACACAGCUGAAGAAUACAAAGUACAAAAACCAUGCGGUCCACGUCACCUCCGACUUGAGCAAGAAGCAAAAAUAUUCACUCAUUGCAAGAUGUGACAUCUUCAUUGCCUGUAUGAACAAAUCGUAUUUUGAAGAUGCCGAAUGCAGGAAAGAUUUAGAACUGGCACAUGCUCUGUGGAAAAGAAUUCUGCCAUUAGAAUAUAGUAACGAUUCAACGUUGCAGAGACCCGAAUGGGUGGUCAAAAUUGUUGGUCUUCUACGAUAUCCUAGUCAGUUUGAGGAAUACUUUUAUGAUUUUGAUGGACUUGAUGAAAGAAACAAGUACCUAGAGGAAUGGAUUCGAAAAAAAGUAAAAGUACCUCGUCAAUCAAACACUAAGACAAACCUGGAAUAUGUACAAAAUGAGCAGACGAUGACAGAUGCAUACGGAAAUGUUGAAGUGUUUGCAGAGGGUGGACUCGAAAAAUGCAUUGCUCAAUACGUGCGACUCAGCACCACAACAAAUCUCCAUGUUAUCUCCUCACUCAUCAUGAAACAAUGGGGACUGAGGCAGCCUCGGUUGUUGAUCUCUAUAACGGGCGAAGGCUCCGAGAUCCUAAAUGAUCCCAGGAAGACUCGGUUCUUUACGUCAGCGUUAGAAAACAUCGUUAAAGAAAGGGGAGUAUGGUUUACUACAGAUGGCGCCACUUCUGAAAUCUCCAAGGUGAUUGGACAGGUUGUUGAAAAAGAAGAUGUGAAUGAACGCCCGACGGUGAUUGGAAUUGCAUCUUGGGAAUAUCUGAAAAUGAACCGUGCUUUAUUGGUUAAAAACGGUUUUGGGAGAUGGCCAGCCCAAUACAAUACCAGGGAAGCCGUGGACGCCUAUGGAGACUACUAUCUCAAUCCAUUUUGUACCCAUUUCCUGUUGCCAGAGAAGAGUAUGGAAAAUGUUAACGGCUCCACAUACACCGUGUCAACAGCCAGAUUCAGAACAGAACUAGAAGAGUACAUUCGGCGUGGAAGAUACAAAGUGAACAAACCAGAGAAAGACGACUCUGUAGCGGUACCAUCAGUACUUUUGGUGGUGGGUGGGGACCAGUAUCAGUCCCUCAGCAUGAUAAGAAGAUCUUUAGAUUUUUGCAGAUAUGUCGUUGUAUUAAAGGGCACAGGAGGAUUGGCAGAUACGUUAGCAGCUGCUUCUGAAAAUCAAAGGAGGGCACAGGAAAGAAAGAUUGAGGAGAUAAUAAACCAUCACAACAGCCAAUACCUCAAAUUCGUGGACCUAAAUGACGAAACCUGUGAAUUCGAUAUGGUGCUCAUAGAGGUUCUGCUAAGAGACAUUAUGGAGUCUAACGAGAAGAAAUUACGACUGACUUUGGCCUUUAACAGCAGUGAAACGGCUAGAGAGCAUGUAUUCACCAAACAGAAGCCCGACUUGAUGGAAACAUUCAAGAACGAUCUGAUGAUACGUGCAAUGCGAGACGGAAAGAGGGAUUUUGUGCGACUCUUGAUUAAAGAGUGUAUUGACAUCCACAGAUUUCAAAGGGAGAAUUAUCACAAACUGUUCGAGGCAGACCGUAUUCCAGACGAACUAAAGAGACAGAUGGGAUGGAAAGUAGAACCCACCAUAGAGAACAUCACACGAUUUGUGGUCAGACUUCUCCAGCUGGACAUAUUCGUCAGUUACGACCUGAACUCUAAGGACGACCAUAUUCGAGAUAUGAUAUUCACUGACCAAGGACUGAUUGACACCUUGAAAAAUCUGGCAUCGCAUGAGCAUUCCAGUAGCCAAUCAGAUCCGUACUUCUAUCUUCUGAUCUGGUCCAUACUGAUGAUGAAUCUUCAAGACCUUGCCAAAUUCUUCUGGCAGCACUGCAAAGAACCUAUACCCUCAGCACUGAUUGCAUCCGGAAUUUAUAGAAACCUGAGAAAGAAAUGUCAACCAGCAAACAAACUUUUGGCGGACAAAUUACUUCAAGCAGAAUUAGAGUUCCAAAGUUUGGCAUGUGGUGUUCUAAACCAGUUUUAUACAGAGAAUCCGGAUGAAACAGAGCGGAUGUUGACUAGGAAACGUCCACGAUGGCGUAAUUUGACAUGCUUAGAAAUAGCCUACAAGAUGAAAGUAUAUUCGUUUAUGUCACAUGAGGCCUGUAAAAUUCCCAUCAGCAGGGUCUGGUAUGGACAAAUUUCACCCGACAACAGCGCUAUACAGAUGGUGUUCGCUGUCUUUAUCCUAGGUCUUUUUCCCUAUGUGCUUAAAUACAACAAAAAAGUGAAUUCGCGUAAAACGGAAAACACCGACUCAUGCAUGACAAUUAUCUGGAAACGCAUCAAAAACUUCUAUACCGCUCCAAUCAUGCGUUUUGCUCACACAAUGGCAUCCUAUAUGAUUUUCCUGGCCUUAUUUAGCUACGCACUUCUGACUGGUUUUGGAGACAGCGUAACUUGGAUUGAAAUUCUAAUGUACUGUUGGGUUUUCAGUUUGAUGUUGGAUGAAGUUCGGGAGCUUGUCUAUGGAGUCUCAGAUGCUAAGAAACAACUGGGUGAAAAAUACAUCUCAGAACGUCCGUCUCUGAUGUAUCUAUACUUUCAAGACAAGUGGAACUACUUUGACCUGACCAUUCUUUGUUUCUUUACCACUGGUGUUAUAUUGGACUUGCUAGGUUACUACGCCACAAGGGAAGUGGGUCGCGUGUUUCUAGCUAUUAGCCUUGUAGCUUUUUUCAUGCGCAUCCUAAAGACUUUCUCAGCUCUUGAAGAAUUGGGACCCAAAGUGUGGAUGAUUGCGUCGAUGGCCAAGGAUCUCCUUUACUUCCUCGUUAUUCUGAUGCUAUUUGUGGUAUCGUACGCUGUGGCUGCCUACGGCAUCAUGUAUCCACAGUCAGAAUUAAGUUUUGAUUUAUUUCUAAAUGUCAUGCGUCUUGGAUAUUGGAAUUUAUAUGGAGAAUUGCUCCUAGACGAUAUCGAAGCUGAAGAACCAAACUGUUCCUUUGAACCAGCACUUUACAAUGCGGGAACUCCGAGAUGUGCCGAAAAACACCGACGAGUCAUCGGUUUGGUGAUGAUGGGGAUCUACCUAAUAUUCGCCAAUGUCAUGCUUCUUAACAUUCUUAUCGCCAUGUUCACAGACACUUACCAAAGAAUACAAACCAAGAGAGACCACAAGUGGAACUACGAAAGAUACGCUCUGGUGCGAGAGUUUAAACGCGUUCCGAUCAUGCCAAUGCCACUCGGAGCUCCUCUGUUACUUUUCUACAUUGCUCGGGGAUUUUACAAGAAAUGCAAGCAGUGCAACACUGUUGAAAACUAUGACAAAGAACUCUUGACCAAUCUGAAAUUGAUGGACAUUCGAUCUGGUGUGGAGAGAGAGAUGGUCUAUCUGUACAUGAAGAAGCGGAGUGAAGGUGACACCAAGUCAAUACUCACAGAGGAAAAAAUUGCCAAGGUGGUGGCCAUGCAGGUGGAAAAGAAGCUUUCCAGACUUCAGAGCAAUCCUGGUGGUAUGGUAGAAGUGGAGGAACUGACGGAAAUGAUACUCAAACAGAUGAAAGACAAAAAUUAAAUCAAUAUUGCGUAAUACUGAUUUAAAUGAACUGUUUAGAAAGAGUGUCUUUACAUGUCGUUAGUUGUAGUAUGACACGGUAUAAUGAAACACUACUCGCUUUCGGUUACCUUUAAUGAACUUUAUUCUACAAAUAUUUGUAUAUCCUUGCAUUGAAUUAAUUAUCAUUUACACUAAUCAUUUGCCUUUCUUCCUUUGAUCUCAACUGUCUGUGAUAUUGUAUGUCAAACGAAAUAUAUGAUUAUUUUCAACAAAUGUGAUAUCGUUUUGGCAUACUUUAUUGAUAUUAUUUUAUUAACAUUAUAUUUUGGAAAUAAACUGAUACUUUAUU